CUUCCUCUUCUUCCUCGUCCCACCUCUCCGAAAAUCAAACUCCAUACCAGGCAAUGGCGAACUAGUACCCGUGGCGUUGUACUGGGGAGGCGAAAUCAUAAAGAACGGAUACCUGGGGUCUGCAGACUACUCGGAGCCGCCGAAAACAAUGCGCUUCGUGAAUCGCGGCUGCAGCCACGACGAUCUGGUGCGCAAAGUGCACUUUGCAAUGAACGCGGAUGAUGACGAAGCCGAUUCGAAAAGCCUCACUCUGUUCGGGAAGCACCAGACGACGCUUUCGAGAGGGAAGCUCAUGUUCGUUUCGGUCCCGCUCACGGACGACCGGUCGUGGGAGUGGUUUCUUGAGGCAAACGUGGUCUCCGAGCCGGUUCACGUGUACGUGGUUGUUGCAACGAGAAUGCCCGAAUCCGGAACGGGCGCGGGGCGGAACAAGAAGCGGGCGAGGGGAACCGGAGAGGCAACGACGACAGUGAAGAUCUUUGUGAAAACCCUUACUGGGAAGAGGUUUACCCUGGAGGUGGAAUCGUCGGACACCAUUGCUGACAUCAAGGAACAGAUUGAGGAUUUGGAGGGGGUUCCGGCUGACCACCAGCGGCUCAUCUUCGCUGGCAAGCAGCUUGAGGACUGCCGCACGAUCGGGUUCUACAACAUCGAGAAGGAGUCCACUCUCCAUCUCGCCACCAGGCUAUGCGGUUGUUGACGGUCGUCCCCUGCUACUACGGCGUCCGGCCACGGCCGUGAUAUGAUCAAAUAAAUAAUUCUUCUCUCCCAAC